GCGGCGGCCAUGGAGAGUGAAACCAACACGCCAAUCGUAAUCAAGCAAGAACAUCUUUACAAAGUGCUUGUUAUUGGGGAAUUUGGUGUUGGUAAAACUUCCAUAAUCAAAAGAUAUACAGAAGGUUAUUUUACACCUAACUACAAGUUAACAAUAGGAGUAGACUUUGCCUUAAAGACUAUAGAAUGGGAUGCAGUAACUAGGGUGAAUCUUCAGUUAUGGGACAUAGCCGGUCAUGAACGGUUUGGUCAUAUGACAAGAGUCUAUUACAAAUAUGCUAUAGCAGCUAUAAUAGUGUUUGAUGUUUCAAGACCUGCCACGUUUGAUUCAGUUACGAAAUGGCUCAGCGAUGUCAACUCCAAGGUCAUGUUGGCUGAUGGUGACCCAGUACCUGUCCUACUUUUAGCAAAUAAGGCCGAUGUGGAAAGUGUUGAUAUUGACACAAAAGCGCUAUCUGAAUUUUGUAAAGAACACAAGUUUAUAGGCUGGUUUCCCACAUCAGCAAAAGACAACGUCAAUAUAGAUGAGGCAAUGGAUUUCCUCGUGAAACGAAUCACAGAACUUCCUGUGGAGGGACAAAAACCUAUUGAGAGCAUCAAACUUAGCAACGCGGCGGAAGAGUUUGAAGAGGAAUCGUCUUUUGAAGAUGAUAAUGUGUCAAAAAAGUCCAGCUGCUGUAGCUGAAGUCAUAAACAAUCAAUGGUUAGAACUUGGUUGGCAGCAUUCCAGUGUCAAUUCUUUCAAACCAAGCAUCGUUAUUUGAUAUCUUGGAAAAGAAAAUGAAAUUGUCACUUGAUGAUGGUCAAAGUUCACAGAGUUUACAUUAUUUGUGGUCUUUGAAAAGUGCCAUUUUGUAAAUAUGUUUAUAUAUCUAUCUAAUAUUGUAUGUAAAUUAAACACGAAUGUUAGGAACCAGUACAAAGGCAAAGCUAGAACAAUUGAUCAAUUACUGCUGAUGUGGCCGAGAUACUUAUGAAAUCCAAUGACCAGUACUGCUAAUGUGGCCAUGACACUGCUAAAAUUGUAUCUAUGGUGCUAUGGUAGUUGCUUCCAGUACUUUGCUGGACUUCUUCAAGUUAUCUGCAGGCUGAUGAACAUAUCCGAUAUACACUUGAUUAUAAUGCUGUUAGCUGUGUGUGAAGGCAAUCUAGUAUUUGUGGUCCAUGAUGUUUUGAUUGACUUGACAGUAAAUGAGUAAACAAAAUGAGAUGUAUGUUGCAAAUAAUUAGUAUAUAUAUGAAUUGUACACGUAUUUUAGAAUAAAUGACUUU